AUGGUAUUUUUAAUGAGGAUUAUAAAACUCAUUUAGAAACUUUUAUUACCUUUUUUUGACAGAUGCAGAAGAUUCUCUGAGAGAAUUUUAAAUUUGGUUUAAACUUAACCGACCCUAAUUUUAGAAUUUACACGCGAGGAAUAGGCGAUGGAUAAAGUAAGCAUUUAUUAUCAAAAAAAUUAGAAAUUCGAUAUGGUAAAUGAUAAAUUGUUGCAGAUAAUGACAAUAUUAAUGUUAAAGUAAUUAAUUUGUUAGAAGUUUCAAUGACAUAAUAAUUAGAGGGAUUUAAAUAAUAUGUACCAUAAAUUAAUAUUUCACCAAUAAUACCUGAUCCAGAAUGAAUAAGGUCUCUUAAAAAUUUAGGAUUAGUUUGAAAAAUUAUUCUAUCUCCCAUCCAAAGAAAUGCCUUUAAUUUAAGAUCAAAUGUUUCGACCUUUAGAAAAAUUAUAAAUAUCAUACCCAUACAAAAUGAAAACAAAUGAGUCAAAAUAAUAAGGUUAUUUUUGA